UGCAUACUUUUCGAACCCUGUCUUCUUUCUUUUUUCCUCUUUCCGCUAGAAUCACUUCCGGUGGUGGUUAAACCUUUAGCGGUCUGUGAUUUCAAUGAUGGAAAUACCUGUGGAUGGUUAAAUGAAGAAGGUGCUUGGUCAAACCGUUGGUCAGCUGGUAACGGAGCUCUUUGUCUUACGCCAAAAAAGACUACGCAUUCGAAGCAAAUCUCAUCUUGGCUUCCUGGUUUAUCUACAACGGAUUCCCGAAAGCAGUCAUCAGACAUCCGUGUUCGAUUCACGAGUCCUUCUGUUCCUGCUGGAUUUGGACUGAGGUGUAUUGGUUUCGUCUAUUCUCUCUAUUCAGGGAGUGGGAAACCGACUGGAUAUAAUUGCAGGCUGUCUAUGCUACUACAGCAGGAAGACCCCUUUCGUCUUUUGAUAGAAUUCGAAUUCCCGACCAUUAAGCCCUUGGCAAUCUGUGAUUUCAAUAAGGGUGGAACAUGUGGUUGGAAAAUUGAAGAAUCGGAUUUGGGUCAUCGUUGGACACCCGACCUUGGGUCAUUUUGUCUUAAGGCCAGACAAACUUCAACUCCUGAAAUAAAGUCAGAAGAAACUUUCCUGUUCCAAGGGAUAUCUGUUGAGCUCUCAGCGAAAAAUGAUAUCAGCGCUCGCUUUAAAAGCCCUCUCAUUCCACCUUCUGUUUCUUUGAAAUGUCUUGGCUUUGCCUAUUUGUUAAAUGUUGGACUUGGAAGGGGUUCCGAAAUUGUUGAAAUGCCAGCUUCUCUCUCAUUGCUUCAACAGCAUAAAGGGUAUUUCCCUCUUAUAGAAGACUUUCAAGCUUGUUUCGUCCUCUUGCUAGAUUUAUCAACUUCGAUCAUCAAACCCCUGGCAAUCUGUGACUUCAACAAUGGUGGAAUAUGCGGAUGGAAAAGCGAAGAAACCGAUUCGGGCCAUCGAUGGAUACCUGAGCAAGGUUCUCUAUGCCUCACAGACCAGCCAUCUUCUGGUUCUGUACAGAAUACACAGAAAUCCGGGGAUUGGUUCGAUAGCUUUUCCGUUGACUUACCUAAAGCUGAGACUGAUAUUACUGCGCGUUUCAAAAGUCGUCUUAUACCUUCUUCUGCCAACUUGAAAUGUCUCAGAUUUGCUUAUUCAGUUAAUCUUGGGGGUUCUGAAAUGUUUGAAUCCUCGCCAUCUCUCUCGUUACUUCAACAACAGAAGGGGUAUCUUUUUGUUGGUUUAUCACUUCAUUUGUGGCUUGGAGUCCCAUUUUUAUCAAUUCUUUUCGCGUUCACUUAACUCUCGUCUUUGGAUCUGCAACCUCUCGCAAUUUGUGACUUUGAUGACGGUGAUACAUGCGAUUGGAAAAGCGAAGAAACCGACUUAGGACAUCUUUGGAAGUCCAAUCAGGGCUCCCUAUGUCUUAAAGCCAAAAUAUCUUCAACUCCAGUUAAAAAACCAAAGGCCUCUUCGUGGCUAAAGGGCUUAAGAGUUGGGUCAGCAAAGAAAAAUUUCGAAGUUAAAACUCGUUUCAAGAGUCCUCUUGUACCGGCGUCUGUCAAUUUGGAGUGUUUGACUUUUGCCUAUUCGAUUAAUCUUGGACGAGAAAGAAAUUCUAAUAAUCCUGAAUCCGCUAUUACCCUUUCGCUGCUUCAACAACAAGAGGGUGGCCUCAGCUAUCUGGAGUCUGUCCCUCUCGAUGUCAAACCUCUGGCAGUUUGUGAUUUCAAUGAUGGUGAAAUAUGCGGUUGGAAAAGUGAAGAAACGGAUUGGGGACAUCGGUGGGCAAUUUACCACGGCUCUCUUUGUCUAAAAGCCAAACAAUCCUCUUCCAAAAAGCCGAGGCCCUCUUCUUGGCUGGAUGAAUUAGCAGCCGAAUCUCAGGAUACAGAUAGUGACAUCACGAUUCGCUUCAAAAGUCCAUCUAUUCGAGCAUCUAUUGGGCUGAAAUGUAUUGGUUUUGCAUAUUCGUUCAACUUUCGAAGCGAGGGUUCUAAGUCUCUUGAUACUUCGGCUAGUUUGACGUUACUUCAGCAACAAAAAGGGCCUAUUUCGUGUUUCUUAGAAAUCUCACCUCCAAUAAUUAACCCGCUGGCAGUCUGCGACUUCAACAGCGGUGGAACAUGCGGAUGGUUCAAUGAAGAAGCUGAAUGGAAGUACCGUUGGAAGGUCGAUCAAGGCUCUCUGUGUCUUAAAGCCAAGCAACCCUCUCCCUCUUUAAAUGCUGAAGCGUCUUGGAUUCCAGUACUUUCGUCGGAAACUUCAGUCGAUGAAACAGAUAUCGUCGCACGUUUUAAAAGUCCUUCUGUUCCGCCUUCAGUUGGUUUGAAAUGUGUCGUUCUUGUGUUCUCGAUCAAUCAUGGUCGAAAAGAGAGCUCCAGGGUUGUUGAUGCUUCAGCUUCUCUUUCGUUGCUUCAACAACAGAAAGGGUAUAUUUCCAACUCUUAUAUCUCGAGUCUUGUUUUUGUAGAGAUGUCGUGUAGUGCUUUACUGAUCCGUUUUGGUGAUAUAUUCAAAUAUAUUUCGUUUUUGUUAGACGUCUCCGCGAAACCCCUUGCUAUCUGUGACUUCAAUAAUGCAGGAACCUGUGGAUGGAAAAGUGAAGAAACUGAUCAGGGACAUCGUUGGACAAUCGAGCAUGGCCAGCUCUGCCUUAAAGCCAAAAAGCCUUUAUCUACACCGAAGAAUUCGGAGGCAUCUUCCUGGCUUCCAGGUUUAUCUGCUAAAUCAACAAAAGAGGAAACUGAUGUGAUAGCUCGUUUCAAGAGUCCUUCUGUUCCACCUUCCUUUGGUUUGAAGUGUAUUGGCUAUGAUUUUUCAAUAUAUCUUGGACGCGGAAAGAACUCCAAAACUCCAGCUAAAUCCGCACCCUCGAAUAUCAAACCAUUGGCGAUUUGUGAUUUCAACGACGGUGAUACUUGCGGAUGGAUGAACGAAGAGACUGACUGGAGACGACAGUGGAUUGUUGAUCAAGAUUCUCUUUGUAUAAUGGCCAGACGAUUUCCAAAAAUGUCGAAACUUCCUAAGUCGUCGUCUUGGCUUCCCACUUUAUUUGUUCAGUCGAAUGAGGCAGAAACUGCAAUUACCACUCGCUUCAAAAGUCCUCCUGUUCUACCGAGUUUUGGUUUGAAGUGCAUUGCUUUCACGUAUUCAGUCAAUGUUGGGCAACCGAAGACUCUAAAGACUGCUAAAAAUUCAACUUUUCUUUCUUUACUUCAACAACAAAAGGGGUAUAAUUCAUUUGUCUAAUCUCCGCCUCUGGAUGUCAAGCCGCUGGCGAUUUGUGAUUUCAAUGACGGUGAAACCUGCGGAUGGAUUAAUGAGGAAUCUGACUUAAGGCGUCAAUGGAUUGUUAAUGAGGGUUCUUUGUGUCUGAAAGCCAAACAAUCUCCUUCAAAAUCCUCUCAUCCUAAAGCUUCUUGGAUUCCUGGAAUAGUCAGUGGUAUACAAGAAGUUGAAUCCGAUGUGACAGCUCGUUUCAAAAGUCCCUCUGUUCCGGCUUCUAUUGAACCUCUGGAGUCAUCGAGACUGAAACCUCUAGCUGUUUGUGAUUUCGACGAUGGUGAUACUUGCGGUUGGGUACAUGAAGAAGCUGUUUGGACGCAUCAAUGGGGUGUCCAAGAUGGAUCCCUUUGUCUCAAAUCUAAGUCUGCACCUCCACAGAAAAAGAAGAGCUCUUCUUGGUUUGCCGAUCGUUCUGUUAGUAAAUCUUUGGAUUCUCCAACACAAGUCUCCGUUCGAUUUACUAGUCCUCCUAUUCCUCGUGAUGUCAAUCUGAAUUGUAUCGAAUCGUUUCCAAAACCUUGGUACAUCUGGAAUUUUGACGAUUCACUGGAGGACUGGGCUAACGAUGUAUCUAAUUGGGAUCUGAAAUGGGAAUUAAUCGAUGGGUCUGUUUGUCUGCACAAUGUUCCCGUUAAACCAAAGAUCCCUUCCAAACACAAGCCUUGGGCAAGUUCUAAAGCUAAGAAGGAGGAAGCGACUAUUAAAACCACGAAAGCUUCUUUUUGGAGUCCCCCGUUACCGCAAGACAGUGAAAUGCGUUGCCUAACUCUGAAAUAUCGAUUCAGUCCAGCACCACAGACGACUCAGAUCUAUAGUCUGGCUAUACUGCAACAGCAGGAUGGCUCUCUUAUCUCUCGUUUUGUCUCCCUAGGUACACCACUGAAGCCCUACUUUGUGUGGACAUUCGAUAAAUCAAUGGGAGAUUGGAAAAAUGAUGCGGUGAAUUGGCUACAAAUGUGGGAGCUUAGCAAUGGAGCUUUAUGUUUGAGAAACACUCCAAUGAAACCUAAGGAGCCUUCUGAAAGUGUUCCUUGGCUGGUUUCGGAAAAGAAGAAGGAAAAGUUGACAAAGACUUCAAAAGCACAACUUUGGAGUCCCCCGAUUCCGCAGGAUCUUGAUGGUCUACCGAGUCCCUACUUCACCUGGACGUUUGAUGAUUCAAUGGGGGAAUGGUCAAACGAUGCAGCAAAUUUUCUUCAAAAGUGGGGGCUCCUAGAUGCAUCUCUCUGUUUAAGCAAUGUCCAAAUCAAACCAACGAAGACUUAUCAAAGUCCACCGUGGCUUGUUGCGAAAAAGAAGGAGAAGGAGAUAAUUGCGAAAAAUUCCAAAGCACUCCUUUGGAGUCCACCUAUUCCACAAGAUAUUGGGAUACGUUGCAUCACAAUGGAUUAUAAAAUUCAUGACGUGUCUUUGAAAGCUGAAUCUUUUAAAGCCCUACCGAAACCUAUCUACGUUUGGAAAUUUAACGUAAACAUGGGCAAGUGGAUUAAUGACGCAUCGAACUGGAAUCAAAAGUGGGAACUUGAUGACGGUUCUAUUUGUUUGAAGAAUAUCCCGAUUGAAACCGAAAUUGAUGAAGAGGAUAUCGCAUUGUUUUCAGUUGAUACCCCCGUGGAACCUAAAACUCCGAAAAUUACCAAAGCACGGCUUUGGAGUCCUCCAAUUCGACAAACUAUUGGAAUGCGAUGCAUAACUUUUGGCUAUGGAAUUCAUGUGCAUUCAGAUGAUUCCGAAAUCUACAGCUUAGCUGUAUUACAACAACAGGAUGGUUUAUCCUCCACUCUAAUAAUUAUAUCGCAGUCGCUUAACUUCAGUUCUGAUUCUUUUUUCUUGAUUUUUGGGUCUCCUAAAACAUAUUACGAGCCAACCGAUAUAUUCUACUGGUUUCUUGACUGUCCAUCAUCAUAUUAUCGUCCCUACUCACUUCCAAAGCCCUUCUACGUUUGGACAUUCAACGAGAACAUGGGAAAGUGGGCCAAUGACCUCUCAAAUUGGAAUCAAAAGUGGGGACUUGUGGAUGGUACGAUUUGCUUAAAAAAUGUUCCUGCAGAUACUGAAGUCAUCGAGGAGGACAUGCCAUGGUUAGCUGUGAAUCCUAAGGUGGAAGAAGUAUCCCAGAAGAGCACUAAAUCUCCGCUUUGGAGUCCACCAAUUCGAAAGUCGAUAGGGAUGCGCUGCUUAAUAAUGGAUUAUAUCAUCAAUGUUGAUUCGGGCGAAACAGACGGCUAUAGUCUAACUGUAUUACAGCAACAAGAUGGUGUGGACGAAAAUGUGCCAAAGCCUUUCUUCGUUUGGACCUUCGAUGAAAGUAUGGGAAAGUGGACUAAUGAUCAAGCAAAUUGGAAUCAAAAGUGGGAGCUUGUUGAUGGAGCUAUUUGUUUGAAGAACAUCCCCAUGGAACCUGAUGCACCCGGCGAUGAUAUGCCUUGGUUCGCCAUGAAGCCGAAGAAAGGAAACAAAGUCCCGAAAAGUUCCAAAGCACCACUUUGGAGCCCACCUAUUCCUGAUACGGCUGGAAUGCGUUGUAUCACGAUUGACUACAACUUUCUAGUUGAUUCGGAUGAAACUAAUACCUAUAGUCUAGCUGUUUUGCAGCAGCAGGAUGGUCACUACGUUCUGAGUCAAUGUCAUUUCGAUCGGAAUCCUUCUAAUUCUGUCUCCAUUUUCACAAUUGUAGAUGCCUCUCCAGUAUUCCACGUUUGGACAUUUAACAACGAUUUGGAAUACUGGACAAACGAUGAUGAGGUUGGAAGUCAGAAAUGGUUGUCGAUGCCAUCUCUUCGAUCAGUUUGUCUGUCGGCUAACCCACCGUCUUCUGUCAUAAAUGAUCCAAGAAGACCAGUAUGGAUGAAUGAAGAAGCGAAAUCAGUUGAAACAUCCAUCGGUUCGAAAGCCCGACUUCGAAGUCCCAAGAUUCCGGGCAAAGUCAAUAUGCAAUGCUUGGCUAUUACUUAUGGGAUAUUUUCUGGUUCUAGUGAUGAAUCAUUCAUUCCUGGAGCUUCAUUGUCGAUUCUUGAGAAGCGUGAUAGGUUCACUAAAGCCGCUUUUAACUUGGAGCUUCACGGAGGACCUAGAGGACUGGACAAACGACGGCGACAAUUGGCUAGCGAAGUGGAAGAAUAUAAAAAUUAG